AGUGUGGGUGGCUGCUGCGUUCCCGGGGAGCAGUCCGUGAUUCCGCAGUGCGGCCAUGGCAGACCCGCAGCCCGCGUCCAGCGGCCUCAGCGACGAGGGCGCCCUCAGUUGCUGCUCUGACCCGGACCCCAGCACCAAGGACUUUUUGUUCCAGCAGACCAUGCUGCGCAUUAAAGAUCCCAAGAAGUCAUUGGAUUUUUAUACUAGAGUUCUUGGAAUGACGCUACUCCAAAAAUUAGAUUUUCCCACUAUGAAAUUUUCACUCUUUUUCUUGGCUUAUGAGGAUAAAAAGGACAUCCCAAAAGAUAAAGAUGAAAAAGUAGCGUGGGUAUUUUCCAGAAAAGCUGCACUUGAACUGACACACAAUUGGGGCACUGAAAAUGAUGAGACCCAGAGUUACCACAGUGGCAAUUCAGACCCUCGAGGAUUUGGUCACAUUGGAAUUGCUGUUCCUGAUGUACAUGCUGCUUGUAAAAGGUUUGAAGAACUAGGAGUCAAGUUUGUGAAGAAACCUGAUGAUGGUAAAAUGAAAGGCCUGGCAUUUAUUCAAGAUCCUGAUGGCUACUGGAUUGAAAUUUUGAAUCCUAACAAUAUGGCAACUAUUAUUUAGUUCUGUGAGAAUACUGUUUUGAGAUUUCAGUGAAGACAUUAUGGGAGGUCAAAAAGGAAACAAUGUGAUUCAGGAUAUUCAGAUGACAGAAGCAUCUAGGGCUGAUGGAUCAUGUCCCAAUUCAAAUUACUUUUCAGUCCUUUUUCCUUUCCUAUUUCAGCUGUUUUUCACCUAACUGUUCAGUCAUUCUAGUUUUAAAGCAGUGCUUUGUCUUAUGUCCUUGAAUGUAGUUGUAUAACUUUACUUUUUUAGGUAAUAGUUAGAACAGUUCCCUUCAGAAGCUGCAUUUGCCUUCUAUCUCCUAAAUAUGACUUCUUUACAAGUCUGCCUUUGAGUCAUCAUUUUCAAAAAUAACAUUUAAAAUGUUUUUGUUGUAGUUACCUUCUGGGGUUUCAGUUCCUCAGAAAUAACUUUGCACAAUGGAAAGUAAAGAACACUGAACAAAAAUGAAA